AUCGUGCAAUCAAAAUGGUGUCCUACUAUAAUCACUUUGCAAUGUAUCCGAAGAAUCACAGCGGCAAUCUGCCGUACUCGGCGACAUCCGGCUGGUACUCGGGCAACUACCAGCAUCAGCCACCCCAUCCGCAGUUCAUUGGCGAUGGUGAAUCGUCACCGCAGCCCGCCAUGUACUACGCGCACCCGCACGUCUUCCACUCACAGUCCAGUCCCGAUUGGGGCAGCCCGGAAAACUUCUCCACCCCGCCACAAUCGGGCCUGGGACUUGGGCACGGCCCAAGCCCGGGCGUUGGUGGUUCGACCGGUGCCAGUGCCGGCGGUGGAUCUGCCGUUGGACUGCAUCUCGGACAGAACCCGAGCCUACACCAUCAUCAUCACCACCAUCACCAUGGUAACAAUAAUGGGGGCAAUGGGAGUGGUAGCAAUGGGCACGAUCAUCUUGCUGAUGGACUGCACAGUAUACCGUCGCCGCCGAUCACGGUGUCCGGUAGCGAUAUGUCCAGUCCGGGCGCACCGACGGGAUCUUCGUCGCCGCAGAUUACACCCCGCCCGACACCGGUCAAAAGUCCGUACGAGUGGAUGAAGAAGCAGUCCUACCAGAGUCAACCGAAUCCAGGAGGCCUUAUCAACAUCUGCUCGGCACCAUCCCUGCAAGACUUCGCGCCGGUGGAACCUGGUGGGAAGACCCGCACGAAAGACAAGUACCGGGUGGUAUACACGGACCAGCAGCGGCUCGAGCUCGAGAAAGAGUUCCACUACACCCGCUACAUCACGAUCCGCCGAAAGUCGGAGCUAGCGCAAAACCUACAGCUAUCCGAACGGCAGGUGAAGAUUUGGUUCCAGAACCGUCGCGCCAAGGACCGCAAGCAAAAGAAGAAGGCCGAAACCGGUACCGGUGGUCUCGGUGGUCAAUCGCUGGUGGUAGCCCAUUCACAAGCGCACAACGUGCACGGACCCCAGUCGGUGUCCAGCCUGCUGGUGGACACAAAACCCAAGCUAGAACCAUCGCUGCACCUUUCGCACCUGCACCAAAUGAGUGCGAUGAGCAUGGGCAUGGGUUCGAUGGGUUUGCAUCACCACCAUCCCGGCCACCAUCCGGCACUACACCCGCACCUUGGCGUACCGACAUCGCAGCAUCAGCUUAACCAGGCCGCGGCAGCGGCGGCGGCCGCAUCUCAGGUGCCUCCCAGCUCGCUCAGCAUAAUGUGAUGUGGCUGAGCGUUGAUGACCUGCGCAUGUUCCGGUUUUAUUUAUUGG